AUGGAGAACAACGUUGAGAAAAAUAACAUGUUGAAAGAGUUCUAUAUCCCAACUUAUAUUUUCGUACCGGAGUCUCCAGUGGAGCAAGCAUCUCAGAUACCUACUUGUCCAGUGGUUGUUUUUAUCAACACCAAAAGUGGAGGUCAACUGGGACGUGAGUUAAUUGUCACAUACCGUAAGCUUCUCAACCAUGCCCAGGUAUUUGAUCUGCUUGAUGAAGCUCCAGACAAGGUCUUGCUCAGACUAUACAGCAACCUGGAAAGGCUCAAGCAUGGUGGUGACACUCUUGCUUCUGAAGUCUAUAGGAGACUAAGGCUAAUAGUUGCUGGAGGUGAUGGAACGGCAGGUUGGUUGCUUGGAGUUGUAUCUGAUCUUAAGUUAGUACGUCCACCUCCUGUUGCUACAGUUCCACUGGGAACUGGAAAUAACUUGCCUUAUUCUUUUGGAUGGGGAAAGAAAAAUCCUGGAACAGAUCAUGAUUCGGUCAUAUCAUUUCUUCAAUUAGUAAGGGAAUCAAGAGAGAUGAACAUUGACAGCUGGCACAUUGUCAUGAGAAUGGAGGGCCCAAAAGAUUCUCCUUGUGAUCCAAUUGCACCUCCUGACUUGCCUCAUUCUUUGCAUGCAUUUUGCCGUGUGCCCAAGACAGAUCCACAAGAUAUGGAGUAUUCUUACACAUUUCGCGGGGGAUUUUGGAAUUACUUCAGUAUGGGAAUGGAUGCCCAAGUGUCUUAUGCGUUUCAUUCUGAGAGGAAACUGCAUCCAGAGAAGUUCAAGAAUCAGUUGUCCAAUCAGAAAACAUAUUUGAAGCUGGCAUGUACACAAGGAUGGUUUUGUACCUCUCUGUUUCAUCCAAUGUCACGGAACAUUGCUUGCCUUGCGAAAGUGAAGAUAAUGAAGAAAUCUGGAAAAUGGGAAACCAUGGAAAUUCCACAAAGUAUUCGGUCCAUUGUUUGUCUCAAUUUGCCCAGCUUCUCUGGUGGACUAAACCCUUGGGGAACACCAAGUAAGAGGAAGCAAAGAAAAAGAGACUUGGUAAUGCCUCCACUUGUGGAUGAUGGUCUUCUGGAGAUUGUGGGUUUCAAAGAUGCUUGGCAUGGCCUUGUCUUGCUAUCUCCAAAAGGCCAUGGAACUCGCCUUGCUCAGGCUCACCGUGUUCGAUUCGAGUUCCUCAGAGGCGCAAUUGAUCAUGCUUACAUGAGAAUGGAUGGGGAGCCCUGGAAGCAGCCUCUUCCCACGGAUGAUGGCAAAGUCGUGGUAGAGAUCUCCCAUGCUGGGCAGGUGAAGAUGCUCGCGACCAAAGACUGCAAAGCCAAAGGCAUCCAUGAAUCGUGCCCAGCUAUUUCAACGGUUCAUCCAGAGUCCAUCUCCAGCGACGACAUGAACGAUGACUUCGAGGAGGAGCGGAGGAACUUUGGUGCUGCCUUGUCUUUUAGAUACUUGGGUGACGUGAACAAACAAUAA